AUGAGUGAUAUUUUUGGUUCUUUAGACUCCAGCUUAGACUCCAAUGAAAUCAACAUACAGAUUAAUAAUUCAGACAGCUAUCAAUGCUUCCCAACUCUAUUGGAUUGUAAAACUAGUAAGAGCCUUCCUGGACUUCGAUUUGUUCAGGUGCCAGUACUAAGGUUCUAUGGAUGUUUAUCUACCGGACACAAAGUUCUAAUUCAUUGCCAUGGCAUUUUCCCUUACAUAUUCAUCAAAUAUGACGGACAUUCGAAUGAUAAAGCAUCAGUAAUACGGAAUAGAUGUACCAGUUUGCACAAAAUACUUGAGACACGGAUGAUUGAAACUUUUACCAAAACAGAUUUUAAAGAGAAGCUAACUUCCCUGAAAUACAUUGCUAAUGUGUCCGUUGUCAAAGGCGUUCCAUUUUACGGAUACCACGUAGGAUAUGAACCUUACUAUAAAAUUACUCUUUUGAAUGGUUCAUAUAGUAAUAAACUCUCUGAAUUACUUAGAGAUGGCAGAAUAUUCACCUCAAAAGUGGAUGUCUUUGAGGCUCAUAUACCUUAUUUAUUGCAAAUGAUGGCUGACUAUAACUUAUUUGGUUGCGGAUGGUUAAAACUAUCCAAAUGCUAUUUUCGGCAACCUGUUCUGUUAACUGAUCUAGAUAUGAAUGAAAUAUUGCACACGGACUCUUUGGAACGUUUUUUGAAAAAACACUUGCAUCCGAAUCAAAAUGUUUUAGACAUAGAUCCAUUUCAUCGAAUUGGAAAGACCUUUCUUGAAAUGGAUAUUAUUCCACAGUUCAUUUUAAACAGAGAAGAAAUUCAAUUCAGGGAUUUACACCAUGAUUUUGUUGAGCUUAAGAAAGACCUUCAAACAUCAGAUCAAGGAUAUGUUAAUUCUACAAAAGAUAUAUGGAAAGAGAUACAACUGCUUAGGAAAAGGAAAGGGCUUGCUGAAUAUGAAGGAUUAAAAGAAAUAUUUCGAGAAUCUCAAUUACAAUAUAAUUGGAAAGAAGAUGAAAGGUUGGUGAAACACUUUGAUGAAGCUAAGAAACGAAUGUCUUCCCUUUUUAACAAAGAAAAAGCUUUAAAUUUUGACAACUUUGUGGAUCCUUUCAUUAAUGAGAAUUUUUUUGCAAGUACCAAAGACGCCCUUCAAGAAUUAUGGCCCAAAAUACCAAGGAAUGCUAGUAGUAAAGUAUUCUGUUGGUCAGAAGUAGAAUUCAAAUUGAACAACCAAUAUACUUCUGUUCGUGAACAAAAAGUAGCGUCUACAAACACUAAAAAUAUUCCCAUUUUGCUAAAUAUUUCCUCCAAUGAAUCGCACUCUUCACAUGUCAGUUCCAAACGUGCGGAGGAAUCUUCAUGUCAUGACGAUAUUGCUAAUGAAGCAAUUGCUAGGAAACUGGCAAAACGAAAAACAUCUGCUAUUAGAAAGUCAACAUUUCGCCCGAUGAUCAGACCUAGCGUAACACACGCUAACAUCAAGGAGAGUUUAUCUGCUAACCAAAUUGAAGAAGUUCAGUAUAACGAUCCAUUUUUCUCCAAUCCACUUGAUUGUAAAAGGCUACAAACGGAAAUGGCUGGUCGAGUGUUCAAGCUAUCAAGUGAUCAUAUCCUCUUUAAAAGAAGCAUCCGUAGUAACGAUACAACAGCAACAUUAACUUCUUCAGGAAGUGUAUAUGCAAGAAGCAGAUGGAAAUAUAUAAGACCAAAGCCGUCUUUUAAAAGAAUAGCCAAUGCGAUGAAGCCUUUCAAAGGUAAAUUCUCGAUGGUGGAGGGGAAAACACCAGAACUACCAUUCGGAUACAAGUUCAAGAGCAAUAAAAUAGAAAAAAAUAAUAACGCUUCUAAUAGAAUGACCCAUUUCACCAUGGAAAUUCACGUCAAUACUCGUGAAGAUAAGUUUCCAGAUCCUAAAUAUGAUGCUGUCAGGAUGAUAUUUUGGAAAGUGCAAGAUGGAACUUUUCCAUUCGACCUGGAUAUUACUCAAGAAGGUGUUUUGAUAUUUCUAGACGAUGUCUCGACAGAAAAUUCAUGGAAAACUGCCGAUCCUAGUGUUCAUAUAACUGCUUAUUACGAUGAAUUGGAAAUGAUAUAUGCAUUAGAAGAUUUAGUGAGGUUUUUCGAUCCUGAUAUCUUGUCAGGAUACGAAAUACACUCUUCCUCGUGGGGCUACUUGAUUGAUAGAUGUCACAAGGGACAUGAUUAUGAUGUGGAAGAUGAACUCUCUCGAGUCGAUUAUAACCAGAGUAGCAAAAAAAAAGACAGAUGGGGUUACACUCACGCAACAGCAUUUUCGAUAACGGGAAGACAAAUGCUAAACAUAUGGAGGCCUCUCCGCUCUUCUUUGAAUCUUCUCGAUUAUACAUUAGAAAAUAUUGCAUUUCAUGUUUUACACCAACGGUUACCUUUUUAUUCGUACAAAACCAGGACAGAGUUCUAUGAAUCUAUGGACGAAACUUCAAAAAGGUGUCUCCUAUUUUACUGGAUCACAAGACUUCGAGUAAAUUUCAAGCUUUUAGAGACUCAGAAUAUAAUUGGAAAAACCAUCGAGCAAGCAAGACUUAUCGGGAUUGACUUUUAUUCUGUCCUUUACCGUGGCUCACAAUACAAGGUUGAAUCCUUUUUAAUUAGACUUUGCAAAUCAGAACAAUUCAUUCUGAUUUCUCCAAGCCGAAUGCAGGUCCGUAACCAAAAAGCACUCGAAUGUAUACCACUUGUGAUGGAACCUUCAUCUGCCUUUUACAAGAGUCCUUUAUUAGUUUUAGACUUUCAAUCAUUAUACCCAUCCAUUGUUAUGGCAUAUAAUUAUUGUUACAGCACUAUUAUCGGAAGAGUUGAAUCAUUAAAUACUAAAAAUAAUGAAAUAGGUAUCACAAGGUAUGAUAUCCCUGAAGAUUUACUAACUUUAAUAUCUGAUUAUAUCACCAUCUCACCAAAUGGUAUCGUCUUUGUCAAAAAAGAACUGAGAAAGUCAGUUUUGGCUAAGAUGUUAAAGGACAUUCUUGAUACGAGAUUUCUAAUGAAAAGUACUAUGAAGGAACUUAAUGAUGAACAUAACCUUAUUAAUAUGUUGGAUAAUAGGCAGGAAGCCUUAAAAUUACUUGCUAAUGUCACGUACGGAUACACAUCUGCUUCAUUCUCUGGGCGUAUGCCAUGUUCCGACAUUGCAGAUAGUAUAGUUCAGACUGGCAGGGAAACAUUAGAGAGGGCGAUCGAGGUUAUAGAAACUACUAAAGAAUGGGGGGCUAAAGUAGUUUAUGGAGAUACAGAUAGUUUAUUUGUUUACCUUCCAGGGAAAUCGAAAGAUGAAGCAUUUGUAAUCGGAAGGCAGAUCGCUGAAGAAAUAACAAGACAGAAUCCGAAACCCAUAGAGUUGAAGUUUGAGAAAGUGUAUCAUCCGUGCUUUUUAGUAACCAAGAAACGUUAUGUAGGCUUUUCCUAUGAGUCUGAAUAUCAAAAAGAACCAAAAUUCGAUGCAAAGGGUAUAGAAACUGUUCGAAGGGAUGGAACACCAGCACAACAAAAAAUCGUGGAAAAGGCACUUAGAAUUAUGUUUGAAACCACUGAUUUAUCCAUGGUAAAAGAAUACUUAAUUGGAGAAUUUGACAAAAUUAUCACCGGCAGAGUUAAUAUUCAAGAUUUCUGUUUCGCUAGAGAAGUUAAGCUAGGCCAUUAUAAAAGUGAAAAGACUGCUCCCCCUGGUGCCCAAAUUGCCAUGCAAAUGAUGGAAGAAGAUGCACGUACAGAACCCCAAUACAAGCAGAGAGUACCGUAUGUCGUGAAAAUGGGAAAAAUAGGUGAAACUUUGAGCUCUAGAUGCCUCUCACCGGAGGCUUUCUUAAGGUCUAAAACGUCUAGGUUGGAUUAUACAUACUACAUUGUCAAAAACAUUAUACCUCCUCUUCAGCGGUUUUUCCAGUUAGUAGGAGUUGAUAUCAUGGAUUGGUAUAUAUCGAUGAAACAUACUCUUAAUCCUCUAAAAGUAGACUCUGAUGACGGCAGCCAUGAAGGAAGGUCUUUGACUUCAAUCGUCAAAGGCAAAUCUUGUCUGCGCUGUCGCAAGAAAGUUCACCCAAAAUUCAUUAGUCCUAUAUGUGGUGAAUGCAGGAUCGAUAAAAGCAACACCACCCUUUUUUUGGAAGAGUCAGUCAGACUAAAACAGUCUAAGAUGCAUUCUGUUAUGAGGACCUGUCAAACCUGUUCAUACAAGUUUCAUAAAGAUGCUAUGGCACCUUUGGACCAAAUUGCACUCAAGUGCCAAUCUAAAGACUGUCCGGUAUACUUCAGUAAAUUCAAAUACAUGAACGGUCUCAAGGAUAAUGAUAUGAGAGAUCUCUUGAUGGGACUGAUAGAUUUGGACUAUUGA